AUGAGGAGGGAGAACCUGACCAGUGUGUCCGAAUUCCUCCUCCUAGGGCUCCCCAUCUGGCCAGAACAGCAGGACGUUUUCUUUGUCCUGUUCUUGGGUGUGUACCUGACCACAGUGCUGGGGAACCUGCUCAUCAUCCUGCUCAUCCGGCUGGACUCCUGCCUCCAUACCCCCAUGUACUUCUUCCUCAGCCACCUGGCCCUCACUGAUAUCUCUUUUUCAUCUGUCACUGUCCCUAAGAUGCUGUUGACCAUUCAGACCCAGAACCUAUCCAUCGCCUAUGCAGAGUGCAUAGCACAGAUGUAUUUUUUCAUAUUUUUCACUGAUCUGGACAAUUUUCUUCUCACUUCAAUGGCAUAUGAUCGGUACGUGGCCAUCUGUCAUCCCCUCCACUACACCACUAUCAUGAGAGAGGGGCUGUGCACCUUACUAGUAUCUGUGUCGUGGAUCCUCUCCUGUUUCAGUGCCCUGUCUCACACUAUCCUCCUGGCCCAGCUAUCUUUUUGUGCUGACAAUAGCAUCCCCCAUUUCUUUUGUGAACUUGCUGCCCUACUGAAGCUCUCGUGCUCAGACAUCUCUCUCAAUGAACUGGUUGUUUUCACAGUGGGAGUGGCAGUCAUUACCAUACCACUAAUAUGCAUCUUGAUCUCUUAUGGUUGCAUUGGGGCCACUAUGCUAAAGGUUCCAUCUACCAAGGGGAUCUGCAAAGCCUUGUCCACCUGUGGCUCCCACCUCUCUGUGGUAUCUCUGUAUUAUGGUACAAUUAUCGGACUGUAUUUUUUCCCUUCAUCCAAUACCUCCAGUGACAAGGAUAUAAUUGCCUCUAUAAUGUACACAGUGGUCACCCCAUUGUUGAAUCCCUUCAUUUAUAGCCUAAGGAAUAGGGAAAUAAAGAAGGCUCUGGGGAGACUCUUUAACAGGACAAUAAUCUCAUCUGAAUGA